UCCAGAGACGAUGGAUGACGCCGAGGUCCUUAAAAAGAGAGGCUACAUUAUGGGUAUCAACCUCGGAGAAGGUUCGUACGCAAAAGUGAAAUCCGCUUAUUCAGAACGGUUGAAGUGUAACGUGGCAGUCAAGAUCAUCGAUAAGAAGAAAGCUCCCCGAGACUUCUUGGAGAGGUUUCUCCCACGAGAGAUUGAGAUGUUGGCCAGGGUGAAGCAUCACGCCAUUGUCAAGACCUACGAAAUCUUCGAGACCUCCGAAGGGAAAGUGUACAUCGUCACCGAACUCGGGGUCCAAGGAGACCUGUUGGAGUUUAUCAAGAAGAAAGGAGCCAUUCCCGAAGAGAUUGCCCGUAAGAUGUUCAACCAAUUAGCCAGUGCCAUUAAAUACUGCCACGAGUUGGACAUCGUCCACCGGGACUUGAAAUGUGAGAACUUGCUCCUGGAUAAAGAAUACAACAUCAAAUUGACGGAUUUUGGCUUCUCCAAACGCCUGUCUCGGGACGACGACGGGCGGGUCAUUCUUAGCAAAACCUUCUGCGGGUCUGCCGCCUACGCGUCUCCCGAAGUGCUCCAGGGCAUCCCCUACCAGCCCAAGAUUUACGACAUCUGGAGCAUGGGCGUCGUCUUGUUCAUCAUGGUUUGCGGCUCCAUGCCUUACGACGAGUCCAACAUUAAAAAAAUGCUCAAGCUACAGAAGGAGCACAGAGUCCAUUUUCCCCGGUCCAAAAUCCUCUCGGUGGAAUGCAAGGACCUCAUCUACCACAUGCUCCAGCCUGACGUGACUCGACGGCUGUGCAUCGAUGAGGUUUUGAUGCACGUCUGGAUGCAGGAACCCAAAGCCGCUUCGGACUCCAUGCUGACCAAAUCGGGCGAGAGCUCGCAACAUCAGAACCAGAUCCGAUCCCUCUUCGGCAAGGAAAGCAUUUCGCAGCCUUCGGAUAACGAACAAGUGAAACAAGAAAUACGACACGAGGAUCUGGAGAAUCUAGACAAUAUCUCUGACCAGAUGCAAAGGACUUCCCUUUGA